AGUGGGAGGAGAAAGAGGAGUGAGGGAGGCGGCCUCUUUGUAAACAGACAGCUUGUGUCCUUUGUCUGCGGAGCGUCUGCAACUGCCCCCGCUGGAUCCAGCAUCACCCCCGCCCCCGGUCCACCGGACAGUGGCCCUGCCUCCAGUGCGGAGAGGGGCUACGGGAACGACGGGAGGGUCUCAGGCCCGCUUGUCUAGACAGAGGACCGACCGGCUGAUCGGCCAUGGGAGGAAGCGCCUGAUCUGCGCCAGCCCGGGCUGGACACCCCACCCACGGGGCUCUGGAUGUCUUGAGGGGGGAGAAUGAUUGCCGGCAACCCCGGGGGAGAGACGGCGAAAGUGCCGGUGGAAAUGGCAAGGGAUCUGCGUUCUUGCGCCGCCAGCUCCGGGCCUGUUCCCGGCCAACCGUGAUCGGGUGACCGGGGGCAAUCGGAGCGCAAUUCGCGAUGGAGACCGUGGGCAAAUUCGAGUUCAACAGGAAGGAUCUGAUCGGGCACGGGGCUUUCGCCGUGGUCUUCAAAGGUCGGCACAUCGAGAAACAUGAUUGCGAGGUUGCCAUUAAAUGUAUUAACAAGAAAAACUUGGUAAAAUCUCAAACCCUUUUGGGAAAGGAAAUUAAAAUCUUAAAGGAACUGAAACACGAAAACAUUGUGGCACUCUAUGACUUUCAGGAGAUGGCAAACUCUGUCUACCUGGUGAUGGAGUACUGCAACGGAGGUGAUCUUGCCGACUAUCUUCAAUAUAUGUCCAUACUUGGCCUCCUCUCCUGCCGUGAUGAGGCCAAACUCAGGUUAGAGGAGCAACACCUCAUCUACCAUCUGGGUAGCCUCCAGCCUGAUGUGAAAGGGACCCUCAGUGAAGACACCAUCCGCCUCUUCCUGCAACAGAUCGUGGGGGCCAUGAAGGUGCUCCACAGCAAGGGGGUUAUCCACCGUGACCUGAAACCACAGAACAUCCUGCUGUCCCACAUCGGCGGGCGGAAAUCCAACCCCAACAACAUCCGCAUCAAGAUAGCUGACUUUGGCUUCGCCCGAUAUCUGCAGAGUAACAUGCUGGCAGCAACCUUGUGCGGAUCGCCCAUGUACAUGGCACCUGAAGUUAUCAUGUCCCAGAACUAUGAUGCCAAGGCUGACCUGUGGAGCAUCGGGACUAUCGUUUACCAGUGUCUGACAGGAAAAGCUCCCUUCCAGGCCAACAGUCCACAGAAUCUCCGCCUGUUCUACGAGAAAAAUAAGGCCCUCGUUCCAAACAUCCCGAGGGAGACCUCAAGCCACCUGUGUCACCUGCUGCUGGGACUUCUCCUGCGCAACUACAAGGAGAGGAUGGACUUCAACGAUUUCUUCCAUCACCCUUUCCUGGAUGUCAGCUCAUCCAUGAAGAAAUCUGCCCCGGUGCCAAUGCCAGCCUACACAGGUUCAGCCUCCAACAGCUCCUGCAGCAGUUCCUCCACCUCCCACCUCGCCUCCCCUCCGUCUCUGACAGAUGUGCACCUCCGAAUGAAGAGCCUCGCCUCGCCCCCGCAGGAGAUUCCGGGCUUCCUCCAGGCCUCCAGGGACUCGGCCGGGAGCAGCAGCAAAGCCUCGUCCUGUGACAUAGACGACUUCGUCCUGGUGCCGCACAACAGUCCGACGCACUGCUCUGGUGAGCUGCUGACUGACAGCCUGACAGGACGGACGGUGAUUGACAGCCUUAACUACAGCAGCGGCUCUCUCUUAACUUCCGCCGGCCAGGGAAGUCACGGGGAGCCGUUCUCUCCCUCCGCGUCCUGCAGCGGCUCCCCAAGCCCCUCAGGUCAAACCAGGCCAAACCAGGAGUUGAUUGCCACCUACGGAGCCACAGUUCCCAUCCCCGUGCCCACCCAAGUUCUCAACUACCAGCGAAUCGAGCAGAACCUCCAGUCUCCGAAACGCAGUCUCCCGCAAAGGUCAGAGGCAUUUGGAAGGUCCUGCAGCACAAAUCCACUGGGACUCAACAAAACAGGAGCGUCCCCUCCUCAGUACGGAGACCAGGGCGCCACACACCAUCGAGCGUCAUCUUUGGGAAGCUUCAACCUUUACCCACCCUCGUCACAAGGUGUCCUGCCACCAGAACCUCACCAGCACGGGCUGGGCUCCCGGCUGCACAGUGCGCCCAAUCUUUCAGACACACUGCACUACCAGCAGAAGAUGAAGAAGCAAUAUUCUGAGCCGCUGGUGGCCGGUAUGGCCCAGCCUCUUCAGAGCCCGCCACAGCAGUCCUGCAGACAGAUGAAGCUGUCCCCCAAACUCUCCGAGUUAAUUCAGAGGAGCCCACUCCCCACCAUCGUGGGAUCACCAACGAAGGUGUCCUCGCCCUUCGAGUUCCCAGAGGCUCCCAGCACCCAGAACCUCGUCACGAUGCUCACUCACCAGGGUGUGACCCUGGCCUCCAGUCGCAACAGGACGGCGCCCGAUCUCGGCCACUUCCACCACCAGCAGCUCGGACACGCGCAGAAGCCCGCCGAUGAAGAGAAGGGACCUUUCGGCAGGUCGCUCAGCGCCGGGAAGCUGUCAGAUCUGCUGCUGAAGGCUGCGUUCGGAGGGCAGGCCACAGAAGCUGUCAGCAACGAGAACCUGAGCACAGAGAGGCCGAUGGACGUGGCAGCUCCCGGCACAGCCAUCGGGGGGCAUUUCCCUACAGCGUCUUCCUGCAGUCCGGCCCCAGCCAUUUUCAUGGUGGGCUCCCCUCCCAGUGGCGCCUCGCCCCACUCUGGCCGAACGCGAAUGUUUUCAGUCGGCUCCUCCAGCUCGGUGAGCUCGCUGGGUUCCUGUAGUGGCUGGGCUCCCCAGAGCUCCCCCCUGGGUCUUGCCUUCGAGCCCGAGAUGCCCUCGGCUCUCCGAUACAACUUCGCCGAGGCUAGCGCAACCAACGCGGAGGCUGCCAUCACCUUUGAAGCCCCAGAACUACCCGAAGAGACUCUUAUGGAGCAGGAGCACACGGUGAUCUUGAAGAACCUGCGUUUCACACUGACCUUCGUUCACUGUGUGAUGGAGAUCGCAUCGGCCAGGGGCAACUCCCUGGACACCACGGCCGGCAGCCAGCUCCAGGACAGUGUGGUGGUGGAUCAAAUUAGCCUCCUGAGCAAGGAGUGGAGUUACGCGGAGCAGCUCGUCCUCUCCAUGAAGGUGGCGGAGCUGCUGUCGACGGCCCUGCACCUCAGCAAGGGUCAGAUCAAGGAAGGCAGACUGUACCCCUCGUCAAGCGUUAAACAGGUGGUGAAGAAGCUGAAUGAACACUACAAAUCCUGCGUCUCGCUCUGCCGCUCCCUGACCGCCAGACUCCAGCGGUUCUUCCUCGACAAGCAACAGCUCAUGGACAGAAUUAACAGCAUCGCCGCGGAGAAACUCAUAUACAGCCACACCGUGCAGUUGGUGCAGUCGACGGCGCUGGACGAGAUGUUUCAGCAGGGGCCGGACUGCAUUCAACGAUACCAGAAGGCACUGCUGCUGAUGGAGGGGCUCUCUCAGAUAAUCUCCAACGACGAGGAUGUGCGGAGCAUCAACAAAUGCAAGCAAUGCAUCGAGCGCAGAUUGUCCGCCUUACAUCCAAGAUUGUGUGCGUGAACGCCUUCCCACCUUGCGUUGCCUGGAAUUCCUGGACACUGCUUCGGAACAAUCCCAGUUGGUGAUCUUCCCCUCUGAAGUGGACAGGGGGUGGUCUGCGUUUCGUUAACCGCUGCCUGCCGACCCUAGUGGCUCCCCGUGAACAGUAAGCGUGAACGACUGACCCGGCUGAUACAAGUCUCGUGGCAAAUGUCACCUUUCUGCAGCACACAUCCAUUGCUGAGAGCGUCUUGGCUGGUGGGAAACAGACGUGUGAAGAGCACCAGCAGGAAUCCUCUCCUCCACCCUCGGAUGUUACGUUGAUCUGACGGAAAGCUGUUGCCUGCUUCAAAUAACGGACUCUCUGCUGAUUUGUGGAUGAAGAGAGUUUGAGACUCAAAGGAAGUUGGUGAAACGUUUGCGUCGCGACAAAGCUUCCUGGUUUUAUUUUGUGUUUUCAUCGACUGCUGCCUUGAAGCACUUCUCUCACUUUUUUCUCUCUAAAGUGUUAUCACACUUGCACACUCACACAGUUGGUCCCUCAUGGUCUCGCACACACCUACACACACCACACCUGUACACGAGAAACAGUCAAACGAUGAUGCACUUUAAGUCCGAACCACACACGCGAUCGCAGAUCCCUCAUUAUCACAGGGCAGACCCAAAGCUACAGAAUCUGCCUCCCCACACGGUUCAAAACCCUCACCACCCCCCCCCCCCACCUCACCUGAUUUACGUUGCACUAUUCGCGAAUCUGGAUCCGGAGCAGUUCGGAGGUUAGAGUGGGUGGGGGUGUGUGCGCGCGCGUGGGCCCCACUCGUUCCUCAGUUACAGCAUCCCGUCAAGUUCCAUGCGGCAACAGACAAUCAUGCCUCAAGACUCUCCUCCUGGGCUUCCUUCACAAAACUUGUUUUUUUUGCGAUGUGUCAGUGCGGGGGUGAGUGCUGCUUGAACAGAAACGUUGUGAGUGAGUGAGAGUUGGAAUGCGAGCUCGGGGUAUGCGAGACGGCAGAUGCAGGAGUGCAUGAUCACUUGAGUGGAGUGGCGCAUUCAGACUGGUGACAUACGAAUUAUCAACCAAUGAUUUCCUUACAACUUCCUAUAAAUACUUGAAAAUUCGUUGCUCUGUGUACACAAGAUAUAUAUAUAUAUAUCUCUCUCAAUUCCACCAAGCAUUACAAGAGGGUUUAACCCCCUGACGUGUACAGUAAAUGUCAGUCAGUGUUUAUUGCCUUGAAGUCACCAAUGGAAAUGAGAUAGGGGGUGAGUACAAGUGUCGCCCACUCCUGAGAUAACCUGGACCCUGUUAUUUAUUCACCGUUAUAAGGUAGAAAUGUAGGUUUUUUGUUUUCUUUGGCAUUACCCAGGGCUGGGGUUUAGCUCGAGCUGAUAUAUUCAGGUUGAACUCUGUUCAAUGUGUGUUCUGUUAAAAUGCUGGAAUUAUUUUUGUGUUUGUUUUCAUUUCUGUGUGCGCUGGUAAAUGUAUUUUUAUUUUCAAUUGUAUGAAAUGGGAAAAAAACACACACACACACACACACACACACACAAUUAAAUAAAUAUCACGGAAAUUCUUGGC